AUGAUGUCAACUAAUAAUUUAAAUCAGUUGGAGCCAACAUUUAUGUACACUCAAAUAUUUAAGGAUAUUCUUCUUAAUAUGGAACAUGAUAAACAGACCAUUAAGCAGUUUACUGAUUAUUGCCGAAAUAAUAACAGCGUGUCACCAAUCAUUAUUGACCGUUUUGAGAAUGAAUACCAGGAUGAAUUAGCUAUUUGGUGGUAUACUUUUCCAUCGAAUAUCUUUUCUAUGCUCAAUUAUGGUCUUCGAGCAUUGAAUGCCGAUAUAAUUAUUACUAUGGGAUUUUUUCUAAGUGAUUUGCAUCAACAAAUUCAACAGCUGUAUGAACAACAGAUCAUUAGUUAUGGAAGAAAAUCUUUUUUAGUUUAUCGAGGACAAGGUCUCAUGAAAUCAGAUUUUGAAAAACUUCAAAAAACAAAAGGUGGACUAAUGUCAUUUAACAAUUUCUUGUCCACCAGUAAGGAUAAAGAGGUGUCUCUCGAAUUUGCUCAAGGUGCAGCAGAAAAUGGAGACAUGGUGGGCAUUCUCUUUAUAAUGUCCAUUGAUCCUUGUAUUAAAUCAACACCGUUUGCCUCCAUCAAAGAGAAGAGUUAUUUUAAGGAAGAGGAUGAAAUUAUCUUCUCAAUGCACACCGUCUUUCGAGUAAUUGCAAUUAAACAAAUGGACAACAAGAAUGAACUUUAUCAAGUUGAAUUAAAACUAACAUCGGAUGAUGAUCAACAACUACGAAUACUGACUAAUAGGAUACGGGAAGAAGCUGGUGGUACUGGAUGGCAGAGAUUGGGUGACUUAUUGCUUAAAAUAGGUCAAUUUAAUAAAGCUGAAGAGCUUUAUAACGCAUUACUCGAACAGCCAUCUGAUGAGGGUGAAAAACAGCAUUAUUAUAAUCAGCUGGGAUCCGUCCAUUACAAUCAAGGUGAUUAUAAAAAGGCUAUUUGGUAUGUCGAACAAGGACUUGAAAUUAGUCAAAAAACUCUUUCUUCAAAUCAUCCUUAUUUGGCCACUUCAUACAACAGCCUCGCUGGUGUGUAUCAUAAGAUCGGAGAGUACUCGAAAGCACUUUCAUCUCACGAAAAAGCAAUUGAAAUCUAUCAAAAAAGUCUUCCUUCAAAUCAUCCCAAUUUGGGUACUUCGUAUAAUAACAUCGGUAGUGUAUACACAAAGAUGGGAGAGUACUCGAAAGCACUUUCAUUUUACGAAAAAGCACUUGAAAUUCGACAAAAAACUCUUCCUUCAAAGCACCCUUCAUUAGCUAUUUCAUAUAGCGACAUCGGCAGUGUGUAUAAUAAGAUAGGAGAAUACUCGAAAGCACUUUUAUCUCUCAAGAAAGCAAUUGAAAUUCAGCAAAAAACUCUUCGUUCAAAUCAUCCUAAUUUGGCUACUUCGUACAACAACAUCGCUAAAGUGUAUUACAAUAGGAAAGUCUAUUCAAAAGCACUUUUAUUUUACAAAAAAGCACUUGAAAUUCGACAAAAAACUCUUCCUUCAAAGCAUCCUUCAUUGGCUAUUUCAUACAGCGACAUCGGUAGUGCGUAUAAUAAGAUAGAAGAAUACUCGAAAGCACUUUCAUCACUCGAAAAAGCAAUUGAAAUUCAGCAAAAAAUUCUUCCUUCAAGUCAUCCUAAUUUGGCUACUUCAUAUAACAACAUCGGUGGUGUGUAUGACAACAUGGGAGAGUAUUCGAAAGCACUUUCUUUUUACAAAAAAGCAGUUAAAAUUCGACAAAAAACUCUUUCUUCAAAUCAUCCUCAUUUGGCUACUUCGUACAACGGCAUCGGUAGUGUGUAUUACAACAUGGGAGAGUACUCGAAAGCACUGUUGUUUUGUGAAAAAGCGCUUGAAAUUCGACAAAAAAGUCUUUCUUCAAGUCAUCCUGAUUUGGCUACUUCAUACGACAACAUCGGUAGAACGUAUGACAAAAUGGGAGAAUACUCGAAAGCACUUUCAUCUCACGAAAAAGCUCUCAAAAUUCGAGAAAAAACUCUUCCUUCGAAUCAUCCUGAUUUGGCUACUACAUAUAACAGUAUCGGUUUUGUAUAUUCUAACAUGGAAGAGUACUCGGAAUCACUCUUAUACUACGAAAAAGCACUUGAAAUCUACCGAAAAUCUCUUGCUUCAAAUCAUUCUCCCUUGGCUACUUCAUAA